GGUUAAGUUCUGAGGCUCACCUGGAAGGCGUCGUCAGCCUCCCGGCCCUCAGACAGAGGCGGAGUCAGACAGUCGACAGCAGCAUGGCGGUGAACUAAGCCUUCCUGUGGAUCCUGAGCCUCCAGCCCGAUCCAGCAGCCUCACCAUGAGCCUGUUCUGCAGACUUCACACACUCCGACUCUGCAGGUCUACAAAGUUCAGGACGGAAGCCCUGCACGCCUGCCGGGUCAUGUCCAGUCCAGCGUCUCGUUACAGCAGCCUUCCUCCAUCUACAGAGUUGUGUAUCUCUUACCAUCAUGGUCGUCCAGUGUUGUCCCUCCCUCUGCCGUCUCGGGGGGAGGAGUGCAGGUUCUCUAUACGGCCCAUGCUGAUGUCGGUGGGAGACCUGCUGCAGGACAUCCGGGCCGAGGACCCCGGGGUGCUGACUGCUGCUUUACUUAACGACGAUGGACAGAGACUGUGUUCCACCACCUCCAUGGACACUGUGUUGAAUAAACACUUCCAGCUGCUGAUUAAUGACACCAUCUACCAUGUCAAGACCCCUGGACGAGAGUCUCAUGAACACGCCACCAGUCUGGAUGAUAUGAAGUUGGUGGUUCAGCUCCUCCAUUCGGCUUUGAACCUCCCACAACACCAGCUGCUGACACACACACACCUGCUGCAGAGACUGGACCACCUGCAGCAGGAGCUGGCCCCUCUGGAGGAGAUGCGGGCACAGAUUGCAGAGGAGGCGGAGUCUAGAGCCUCCAUGUUGGGUUGGGCGGGGCUUGCCUACCUGUCGCUGCAGGGCGGCUUCCUGGCGUAUCUCACCUGGUACGUGUUUGCCUGGGACGUGAUGGAGCCUGUGACGUAUUUCAUCUCCUGCACCACCAGUAUGAUCUUCUUCGGCUACUACAUGCUCACCAAGCAGGACUGUGUGUAUCCUCAUGUCAAGGAUCGUCAGUUCCUUCAUAUCUUCCACAAGAAAGCGUCUAAACACAGAUUUAACAUCCACCGAUACAACACACUGAAAGACCAGCUGGCUGAGGUGGAAAGUGAUCUAAAGAGACUCAGGAGUCCCAUCCAACUUCAGCUCCCUGUGGACCAGAUUAAGACCUGAACACACACACACACACACACAAAUGCACACACAGACGCAAACACACACACACGAACAGACAUGCACACACACAGAUGCACAAACAACAACACACACAAAAAUACGCACACAAACACCAAUACAUAAAUGCACACACACACUCCUAUGCUAUGUAAACGUAAAAUUUUUUCUUGUGUUGUCAUGUCAUUC